CCCACCCCUCCGCACUCAAAGAUUACACAUUUAUUUCUCCUGGAAGUCUGCAGUUACUCCCAUCGUGUCCGGCGAGUACAGUCACCAUCGGGACAGAGCUGUGAUGGCAUCCCGGGUCUCCUUCACCCAAGCCCGCAUAGAAGCGGAGCUGGAGCGCUACCGGGCCGAGUGCCAGUGGGACAAGAUACCGAUGGUCAUCGAGCAGAUGAAGGUUGCGCGGAUCCACGAGGACGAUGACUACGGGAUGCUGCUGAUGGCCGAGGUGCUCCUGGAGGAGUGCCUGCAGGAAAACGUAGACCUUUUACGGAGCUCCACCCCUUUGAUGGAUAAGAACCAGCCCAGACUGGGCCGUGCCAAAAGCCACCUUAACACCGUCCUCAGCCGAGGCCGUCUCACACCCAGGUAUCUGAACGAGGCUCUGCUGCUGAUGGCGAAAGUGCACUUUGUGCAGGGUCGCUUCCGCGACGCUCAGGGGAUGUGUGCCAGGGUGGGACUGGAGGAGCUGACGCAGAAUGAGCAGCCGACCUACCACCUCCGCCUGCUGGCCGAGGCUUUUGUAAUUAAAGGUCUGUCUCUGGACCACCAGACAGUUUCUGCAUCGUCUCGAGUCCGUCUGUCAGAGAGGGAGGAGGAGAGUCUGUCCUGUUACCUCAGGGCCUGUGACGCUGCCCUGUCCUACCUGCAGGAGCUCGAUAAGAUUUCAGUAACAACACCCCACACCAAAUUAGCCAAAGCCAGUCUGCCUCCUUCACCUGUGGAUAUCGACCUGGGCUACUUCCUACAGGCUUCCUUACAAAGUGCUUACCUUUGUCUGCUGCAGAGGGGCCAUCUAGCACAGGGUGCUCACCAGCUGCGCAGGGUCCUCAGGGUGGUGGAGUCACGAGGGUCUCAGAGCUUCAAGAAGUCUGCAGCGAGAAAGCUAGCUGAGGUGCUGCUGAGCUCCGUCAGUGAGGACAGCUACUGGCCCCCGCUGGGCCCCCCACCCUCAGCCUGGCUUCAAAGAGAGGGAGCCGCCGCCUCCAAAGACGCCAUCUACCCCACUGUUAAACCCCCGCAACGUUACAGCACGGACGGUUGCUUCUGUCCUCAGGACGUGGUGGAGGAAGCUGUGUUGCUGCUGCUCAUCACAGAGUCCAUGGCCAGCGGUGAGGCGGUGAUCAGUCGUCUGCCAGACCAGGCGGAAGUUCGUCAGACCAGCCUGCAGGAUGCCACCUCUGUUUAUGACCUGCUCACCAUCGGCAUGGCCAGGAGAGGGCAGUACGGCAUGCUUUCUGAGUGUCUGGAGCGAGCCAUGAAGUUUUCUUUCAACGAGUUCCACCUCUGGCACCAGCUGGGCCUGUCACUCAUGGCGGCUGGGAAGGGCAUUGGUGCUGUGUCUGUAUUUAAAGAGUGUACCAGGAUGAAACCAGAGGACCCCUCAUUGCCCCUAUUGGCUGCUAAAGUCUGCAUUGGUCAACUUCACUGGUUUGAGGAGGCCAAGGCUCUGUCGCAGAGUGUGGUGUCGAUGGGCGAAGAAGCCGAAGAAUUUCUACCUCGGGCCUACCUGUCCGUGGGACUCUGCUGCAGUUUACAGGCCUCUGACGCCACUCUGAAAGCUGAUCGAAAUGAAUUAAACAAAAAAGCACUACGAGCUUUGAGCAAGGCUCAUUCAUUAGACCCCCAGGAUGCUCAGAUUGCUAUGUACCUGGCUCUGCAGCUGGCACUUGUGCGCCAGGUAUCAGCAGCCAUUGAGCCCCUGCAGGCAGCUUUAUCUCUCCGUGGGGACGACUUACACUCCCUCCACCUGCUGACUCUGCUGCUGAGUGCCCAGAAACACCACCGUCAUGCCCUGGACACCCUAAGCCUGGCUCUCAGCCAGCACCCCAGCAACUUCAAUCUGCUGUUCACAAAGGUGAAGCUUGAAGAGGCCCUGUUUGGCCCUGCCACAGCCCUGCAGACCUGUGAAGAGAUGCUGCAACACUGGCUGAGCUGCUAUGAUGUCAGCCGCUCCAGCGAGACAGAUGACAGCAGCAGUAUACCGAUGGCUGAGAGGGCAGAGGUCAGCUCUGGAGCCAGGAAAUCCUCCAUCCACCUCACCCUGCCUGACUUCCAGGAGGCCUCCACAGGUUCACAGAGCCCUUCGUCAGUUGCAGUGUCUCGUCUGGAAGCGGCGCUCUCUGAGGUGUCGGACCUCAGCUCCUCCCGUCGCCAAGGACCCACAUACAUCUGGGCCACCCUGGAGCGCAUUUGGCUGCAGGCUGGGGAGUUGUUCAUGGCGGAUGGUCAGCUAAAGGAGGCCCAGUUCUGCAUAGCCGAGGCCAGCGCGCUCUUCCCCAACUCACACUCGGUGCUGCUGCAGCGGGGCCACCUGGCUGAGCUCAGGGGCCAACUGGACGAAGCCAAAAACCUGUAUGACGAGGCCCUGGCCAUCCAUCCCACGGGAGAGCGCAUACUUGUGCACAUGGGCUGUCUGCUGGUGAAAACCGGGCGUGUCCACCUCGGGGAAAAGGUCCUGCGUGAUGCGGUUCAGGUCCACAGCACCUCCCACGAGGCGUGGAGCGGCCUGGGUGAGGCCCUUCAGUCUCGCGGCUCCAGCCAGGCUCCCGACUGCUUCUUGACAGCCCUGGAGCUGGAGGCUUCCUGCCCCAUCCGGCCCUUCACCAUUAUCCCCAGGGAGCUUUGAGGGGGCCGGGGCUGGGGUGGAGGUUAGGGGUUAAGGUUAAGGGAAUUAUACACU